AUGCCCCACCUCACGGCACCCUCCUCCUUCGCCUGCUCCGGCACCGGCAGCACUGUUGCCGGGUUCCGGCUCCCGGGUCCUCCUCGGCGCACCCUGCUGCGCGCGCCGGCAGCUUCAGCGGCCGGAGGAGGCGUGCGAGCGGUGGAGCCGACGUUCUACGAGCUGCUGGGGAUCCCGGCGGAGGGGUGCAGCUUCGAGGACGUGCGGGCGGCGUACCGGCGGAUGGCGCUUAGGUACCACCCGGACGUCUCCCCGAAGGGCACCGCCGGGGAGCACACGCGGCGCUUCAUCCAAGUGCAGGAGGCCUACGAGACGCUCUCCGACCCCGGUCGACGCUGCAGCUACGACCGCGCGCUUGCACGCGGCGUCUGCCGGCUCGCCUUCAACCCCGCCUCGCGCAACGUCUCAUCCAUGUACCGCCAGGAGCUGGAAGACAAGUCCGGAUGGAGGACAUCUUGGGAAGGCCAGAUCGUGGAGCUGAAGACGAGGAACACAAGGAAGGAUUCAGACGAGAACAUAUCCUGGGGAGCUCGGAUGCGAAGGAAAAGGGGUGAACAAUUGUGACUGUGAUCUUUGAGUUAUAGCAAAAUUACAAGGGCUAUGCUUAAGACGGUUAGGAUUGGGAUACAACAACAAUAGUUGGUGUCGUAAAUAUAACCAGAUAGAAAUAAGCCAAUAUCAGUUAGUCAGCACACAAACUCAUUCUAGGGGUAUCACGAGUUAACAUCUGACAACUCCUAUAGUAAGCUAUUAAAGUAUCGGCCAAGAAA